AUGGUUCACUUAGGUCCAAAAAAGCCUCCUGCCAGAAAAGGCUCCAUGGCUGAUGUUCCAAGAAGCAUGUUGGAACAAAUCAAUCACUUCGAAAAGAUGUUUGCAGUAAGCGGAGAGAAGCUAAAAGAAAUUAGAGACGUUUUUGUUUCUGAAUUGCAAAAAGGUUUAAAUACUGAAGCUAAUAUUCCCAUGAUCCCUGGGUGGGUUAUGGAAUAUCCAACAGGUCAAGAAACCGGUGAUUUCCUAGCUAUUGAUUUGGGUGGUACAAACUUGAGAGUUGUUUUAGUUCAGUUGUUAGGUAACCACAAGUUCGAUACCACUCAAUCUAAAUAUAAGAUUCCUGAACAUCUCAGAACAUGUUCUAAUGGAGAAGAACUAUGGGAGUUUAUUGCUUCAAGUAUGAAAGCUUUCCUUGAUGAUCAAUUCCCAGAAGGUGUCAAGCAAACCUUGCCAUUAGGUUUCACUUUCUCCUUCCCGGCUUCGCAAAGUAGAAUUAACGAGGGUAUUUUGCAAAGAUGGACAAAGGGUUACGAUAUUCCAAAUGUUGAGGGGCAUGACGUUGUUGUAAUGUUACAAAAGGCAAUUGAGAAAUUGCAUAUUCCUAUUGAGGUUGUCGCCUUGAUUAAUGAUACCACAGGUACUUUAGUUGCCUCCCUAUACACUGAUGCUGAGACAAAGAUGGGUGUUAUUUUCGGUACUGGUGUCAAUGGUGCCUACUACGAUGUGUGCUCAGGUAUUAAGAAGCUAGAUGGCAAGCUACCAGCGGGCCUUGAAGCAGACACUCCAAUGGCUAUUAACUGUGAGUAUGGUUCGUUCGAUAACGAACACGUGGUUUUGCCAAGGAACAAGUACGAUAUUAUAAUUGACGAGGAAUCACCAAGACCAGGUCAACAGUCUUUUGAGAAGAUGACAUCUGGGUACUAUUUAGGUGAAUUGUUGCGUUUAGUUUUAAUGGAUCUCUACGAGCAAGGUUUGAUUUUCCAAAAUACCGACGUUUCUAAGUUGAAGAAGCCAUUUAUCAUGGAUACGUCCUACCCAGCUCGUAUUGAAGAUGAUCCAUUUGAAAACUUGAGCGAAACCGACAUUCUGUUGAAGAAUGAUUUAAACUUGGAUACUACCUUGCAAGAGCGGAAAUUGAUCAGAAAACUAUCUGAGUUUAUUGGUACCAGAUCUGCCAGAUUGUCUGUUUGUGGUAUUGCAGCUGUUUGCCAAAAGAGAGGUUACGAAUCUGCUCAUAUCGCUGCUGACGGUUCUGUCUAUAAGAAGUACCCUAACUUCAAGGAGAGAGCCACUGCUGCUCUAAGAGAUCUAUACGACUGGAAGAUGGAACCAUCCGAGUAUCCAAUUGUGAUUGUUCCUGCAGAAGACGGUUCUGGCGCGGGUGCUGCUAUUAUUGCUGCUUUGACGAAGAAAAGAUUAGCUGCUGGUAAACCUGUGGGACUAGCGUGA